GUUUGCGAUUCACCAAACUGGGUUGCUUCUAUUCUUUCAUUCCCAUCCUCCCCUCCUCUACCCCAUUUACAAAAUCAAAAUUGCAUUUGAGACUGAUCAGGUUAAAAUCAAGAAAGUACCUUCAAUCCUGAAUCUUGGAAACCCUAGUCGAGCGUACAAGUUCAUUGCAAAUGGGGUCUAAUCCAGUGGAAGAUUUAAUAGAGGCAUCAUCAGGGGUUCACUUUUCUGGAUUGCAUAGGGAUGGGAUAGAGACACGGAAUACACAAGUCGAGCAGGCAUCGACUUCAAUGACUGGAAAACCACAUAAGCAACCUUUUGUCAUUGGGGUUGCUGGAGGUGCGGCAUCUGGGAAGACCACAGUUUGCGAUAUGAUCAUUGAACAGCUUCAUGAUCAGCGUGUUGUACUCGUCAACCAGGACUCGUUCUAUCAUAGUUUGACUUCAGAGGAACUUUCAAAGGUUCACGAGUACAAUUUUGAUCAUCCCGAUGCUUUCGACACUGAAAAGUUAUUAUCAGCCAUGGAGAUGUUGAAGCACGGGAAAGCAGUUGAUAUUCCAAAAUAUGACUUCAAGAGUUAUAAAAACAAUGUCUCUCGAAGGGUGAAUCCUUCAGAUGUGAUAAUUUUGGAAGGCAUUCUUAUCUUUCAUGAUCCACGUGUGCGCGAUAUGAUGAAUAUGAAGAUCUUUGUCGACACAGAUGCUGAUGUACGCUUGGCGAGACGAAUAAGGCGUGAUACAGGUGAAAAGGGAAGAGAUAUCGGUAUGGUGCUCGAUCAGUACUCAAAGUUCGUGAAGCCGGCUUUUGAUGACUUCAUACUUCCCACAAAGAAGUAUGCUGACAUCAUCAUUCCACGUGGAGGAGACAACCAUGUAGCCAUUGAUUUAAUUGUUCAACACAUUCGGACGAAACUUGGUCAACAUGAUCUUUGUAAAAUAUAUCCCAACUUAUAUGUCAUUCAGUCUACUUUUCAGAUACGUGGCAUGCAUACGCUUAUACGUGAUGCUCAAACAACAAAACAUGAUUUUGUGUUUUAUGCUGAUCGAUUGAUUCGUUUGGUUGUCGAGCAUGGUCUUGGACAUCUACCGUUUACAGAAAAACAGGUCACAACUCCAACUGGGUCGGUAUACACAGGCGUAGAUUUUUGUAAGAGAUUAUGUGGUGUUUCUGUUAUUAGGAGUGGUGAAAGUAUGGAAAAUGCUUUGCGGGCGUGUUGUAAGGGUAUCAAGAUCGGAAAGAUUCUCAUUCAUAGAGAGGGUGACAAUGGUCAACAGUUAAUAUAUGAAAAACUACCACAAGACAUCUCCGAUAGGCACGUGUUGUUGUUGGAUCCUAUACUUGGAACAGGCAAUUCAGCAGUCCAAGCUAUCUCCUUACUUCUAAAGAAAGGGGUUCCGGAGGCCAACAUCAUAUUCUUAAACCUAAUCUCCGCACCUCAAGGAGUGCAUGUCGUUUGCAAAAAGUUCCCGAGAAUAAAAAUAGUGACCUCCGAGAUUGAAACCGGUUUGAAUCAAGAGUUCCGUGUGGUUCCCGGAAUGGGCGAGUUUGGAGACCGAUAUUUUGGUACAGACGACGAAUGAACAAACUCGAACCCGCUUUUAGAUCAUCAAAAUUCAACUGGAUUAUGUCCGAUAUUCUGUAACUUCCAUCUAUGAACAUAUUUUUGACUCAAUUAAGGCUUCUAGACUUUAUGGUAUUAUUAUUAGACUUGGGAUUCAUGAACCAAAUAAAUUCUCUUUUGUGACCUUAAAUGUAAAGGAGCCGUUUAC